AUGGACGCUCACCAUCUGCUCCCGCCAAGAGUAAGGAUGCACGCCAACUACAGUUUACAAGUGGACUCACUAGCAGCUGGUGACAGCGCUGAUUACACCUGCGAGGUGAUUCGUCCUGAGCCAUGGGGUCCCAUUCGUCAAACACAUUUGAUAGAAGUGCAAUAUUCUCCGACCGUCAGAACUAUUCCAGAUGAUGGUUUCGUGGAAGUUCGCAAGGGAGAUUACGUGGAUAUAGGAUGUGAAGCUACCGGCACACCAACACCUAUCGUCAACUGGAAGAAAAACGGUGAGCCGCUAGCAUUACUAGAGCCGCGCUCUCGUCUCCGGUUCAGGGCAGAGCACCGGCUGCUGGCCGGCGUGUACGAAUGCUCCGCCAACAAUGGCGUUGGAGAUCCAGUCACUGCCGCAAUCACUGUUGCUGUGCUGGACGCACCCGUGGUAUCGUCGGAGCGUAGUUUCGUGCACACGGCGAUAGGUCUGCGCGCGUCUUUAGCGGCGCGGUUAGACUUCGCUGUUCCUCCUGCAACCACGACUUGGUACCGGGACGGACGACCGGUACGGACUGACGACAGGGUGGUGAUAAUGGUUCAAGACAAUGUUCACCAGCUUAUAUUCAGGACAGUAAGAAAGUCAGAUCUCGGCAACUAUACGUUCCGUGCUGAGAAUAAAUUUGGUAUGGCUGAUGUGCAGUUCAAACUCACCGGUGUUCCAAACAUAGCGUCAUUUAAAGUGGAUCAUACGUUGAAUAAAGCCACCCCUGUCAGCUUUACUCUAGUAUGGGAAGUAGACUCAUACUCGACCAUCAUUGAAUACAACCUCUGGAUACGGCCAUACUACGGUCGUCUGAGCACAGAACCAGAUUCGUUUACCACUGAAGCUCCGGCCAACCACUGGAUCAAAAUAGUGGUCCCGGGCGACUCGAGCGCGGGUCCAAUACACACCGCCCUAUACACAGUGCGGGGACUCACGCCCGCGACAGUGUAUGAGGUUAUAGUCACUUCUAGAAACAGGUUCGGUUGGAGUAAACCUUCUGCAAUCCUACAUUUUGCAACAGAGCCUGGAGCUGGUCGCCAAAUCCCAUCAACAUCUGACUACACGGACGUAUCACCAGUUCUAGAAGAAUUGGAACCGGAAGCGCACAAUAUAUCACAGGCGCAGGUUUUCGAACGUGUCGGCGAAAGCUCCAACGCAGCGCGGGAAAUUUCAAGCGCCAUCUUGAUUACGGGCGCCAUCAUAUUUUUCUGUGUUAGUUGA